CGACAUCUCUUUCUCCCCUCAUCUGCUGGAUUCUAAUUGCCAGCUAAAUUCUCUGUCAGGUUUAUCCUCAUUAUAGCAUUUCGAGCAUUGCAGUUUUGCAAAAACUGAAGUGUCAACUUCUCACACUAGCUACUGCAGUUGAAGUUGAACACGCGUGGUCCACAUCCUCUCCCACCCCCACUUCUCUCGACCGACAAUACUUGAUCACGAAGUAACGCAGCUCAUGGUGCUUCAACCAAGAAUACUUAUCUUAAAGAACAUUCAAAAUCUGACGUUCUCUGCUUCACUUGUCAACAGUCUCACUUGCAAUAAUGGUGACUCGCAAUGAACGUCGUCGCAGAGCCCGAGCCCGUGCUGCUAGAGCUCAGGCUGCCGAAGCCCAAGAAAGUAUCGGAACCACCCAAGCCCAGGACCAGGUUGCCACCCCCGCUACUGAAGCCGGAUUGUCCAGCGUUCAGUCUGAUUCUGAGCUUGAGGCACCCAAAGGAGAGAUGACGAACUCCACUGCUGAGAAGAGCCAGCCGGAAUCUCCCUCCUCGGGGGAUCGUGCUCAGCUCAUUGGUCAUCGCCAGGGCGAGGGAUCUACCGAAGCUAUUGGUCUUGACGUGGUGGAGCAAAUUCGCCGCAGGCAGCCGGAGUAUUUCCUCAGAGUUCGGGUGAAGAAGCUCUAUGAAAAUCUUCCUGUUCGCUAUCACGCCCACGUCGAACGCAUGAUCCGCGCCCAUCUCCGUUGGGAGCGUGCCAUUUUGUACGGUGUCCGUAGAUUUAUCAAGGACUCUGGGCUGCGGUUUUCUCGGAUUGGCGCAGAAGUUGCAGAGCUCGAAAGGCUGGACGGAAGUAUCCAGCGUCACAAAUUUGCUUGGUUCAUUUUUACGAACUGUGAUGACUAUAAGCAAAUCAUGGAAUCCAUCGAAGAGCAGGAGCGUAAAAAGAACGAGUUGAAUUCGUCAGCCAUCGAAGCGGAUGCUGAAGCUGUGGCGGGAGUCCAGGUUACGAUGGAAUUCUUCCCUGUCAACUUUCAUCAAAUGGACGAUGUUCUGAAUGGAUUUCUUGAUGAUGUUGAAAUGCACAGCCAGCAGUUCAACAUUGACAUGGACGUUGGCCAGAGGGUUGUUGAACUUGAUGAAGACGAGGAAAGCAGUGACGGUCCAGUUACUGUACCAGAUGAGCUUCAGAGUGACAACUGA